AUGGCCAACUAUAGUAGUAAGUACAUUCGAGAUUUUGCAACACUAACUGCUCCCCUUCGUGACCUGACGAAAAAGGAUGUUUGUUUUGAGUGGACUCAAACACACCAAACUGCUUUUGAAAAGCUGAAAAACACGCUUGCAAUUGCUCCAUGUAUGUCAUAUUUCGACAAAAACAAACAAACCUUUGUGACAGUUGAUGCUAGUCCUGUAGGAAUUUCUGGAAUUCUUUCUCAGAAACCAAGAAACGGUGACGUAGACAGUCAACAGAUAAUUGCAUAUGCCAGCCGAGCGCUGACUGAUACAGAAAAGAGAUACUCCCAGAUGGAAAAAGAAGCGAAAUUAUUUAUGGCCAACGUACAGCCAAAACAUCUGCACGAAUUGAAAGAUGGGUGCUUCGCCUCCAACCAUAUACAUUUAAGAUAAUUUAUAAAUCAGGUGCCAGCCACCCUGCGGACUAUCUUUCUCGUCAUCCAACAAACGAAAGCAAACGAAAACAGGAGAAGACGAGGGACAAUAUAUUAAUUUUAUAACUCAGAACAGUGUCCCUAAGGCGAUGACAUUACAAGAAAUAAUCAAUGCAACUAACGCAGACGCGGCACUCCAUGAUGUGAUUAAAACAAACAAAUGGGAUUCCCCAAUUGUAAAACCGUUCAAAGCCGUAAAAAACGAACUUACGUCUACCACACACGGUGUUAUACUUCGAGGAACACGGAUUGUCAUUCCUGCAGCUCUACAACAACGUGUAAUAGAUAUAGCACAUGAGACACACUUAGGAAUAGAGAAAACGAAGUCUCUAAUUCGUGAAAAAAUCUGGUUUCCGCAAAUUGACAACCAAGUAAAAAACACAAUUGCUAAGUGCACCACUUGUCAAGCUGUCGGACAGGCGAAUCCUCCAGAACCAUUACGUAUGACCGAAAUGCCAGAGUUACCAUGGAGAACUGUCCACAUAGAUUUUUAUGGUCCACUACCAUCGUCUGAAUAUCUGUUAGUGGCGGUAGAUAAAUACUCCAGAUUCCCAGAGGUUGAGAUAGUUCAUUCAACACGAGCCUCAACAGUCAUUCCAAAACUUGACAAAAUGUUCUCAGUCCAUGGCAUUCCUGACACCAUUAUAUCUGACAAUGGCCCCCUUUUAACGGAGACGAUUAUGCACGAUAUCUGA